AUGAAAGACAUGUUAGAUACUGACUUAGUUAUUCCUACGCAGCGUAUCAUGACGUUAAAGCUCAGCUGGAAUGGUGUACACUUCCUGAGGAGGCUUCCUCUUCACAAGACGUCUCCAUCUACCUCCAAGGUUCUUCCGAAAGCCACGUACGAAACUUUGACGUUCUGCGGGCAAGUUUUGUACAAGCGUAUCCUGCAACAAAGAAAAAAUAGGGUACGUAGGCGGGGGUGGUUGCGUCCACAGAAACCUCCCUUGGUACGUGAUCUCCGUUUGAAGAACCUGGGGUGCGGUAUGCCCUUGGCCGUUACUGUUGAUCUGGUUGUUCACAGGUGUGGUGGUCUGGAGGACGACGUCCGUCACAGGGUGAACACUGUUGCUGUGUUCCUCCCUCUUCCUCAGUUUGCUGCGAACAAGACGGAUUGCAAUCAUGCAAUUCCUGAUUUUCUUCCGCCAAAUGAGACCACUGUUCGCCAAAUUUGGCGGAAAAUUUGCCAAGUUGACAACACUGCCUGGUGCGUGGUACUGAAUUCUGACAACGGAACCAAGGUAGACACCCGCUGCAAGCACAUUGCUGAUGUUAUCGAUGGUGUGCAGCAGGCGCCAUGCGAGAUUUUUUCGACGGGUUUUAGCGAUAUCGGCGAGGAAAAACAUGUAGAAUUCUAA